AGCACGUUAGCCGACCAAGCUUGCGGCUUGAUUUGUUUGAGGCACAGCAGCUGACAUGUGCCACGUUUGGCAAAUACCACGUCAGAACUCGUUCGGCAAAGCACUAUGGAUCAACAAACUGCACUAACACAACACGUACGAACACCCCGAUAGCCGGCUUCGCGACGCCCUAUUGGAGUUUCGUUCCAGUCACCAUGCCCGCUGGACGUCUUGGGAUGUGCAAGCUUUGGUGCGCACCUUGAGGGACACCCCUGCUCGUUCACGCGUCUGCCAUCUACCUAUUACACACGGAAACCCAUUGAAUCAUUGGAGUAUUGAUCCUUUUUCAUCGCCAUCUUCUUCACAUGACCGUCUUUUACCUUACGUGAGUUUGGUCUGAUCGCAGCCUAUUGAGAGCAACCUCAGCCUUGCUCAACAGCUGUGGCCCACAACAGCCACUUAGACGAUGGACACCCUCCCGUCAGAGCUCGUCCUCGAGAUCCUGACCUAUCUACCACCGCAAAGCAUCAAGAACAUACGUAUCGUGUCGCGAUCUUUCCAUGCGUUGGUCCCAGCCCCAGACUUCUCGCUGCUUGCGUCGUUCCUGGACCCCGAGACAGCCUUGUCCACCAUCGUAGCAGCAUCCAAGGACCUGUCCCGUCGACCCAGGUCGAUUUGGUCUCCCCACUGCAGCGUGCCGAAAUCAGUACCGCUACUACCGGACUUUAUGAAUGUGCUGUGGGUUGCGUUGACGGGCAGAGCGCCAGGGAAAGAUGUGCGAGUGGAGGAUGUGCGAGGGGUGACUGGGAUGGAUGUUACCACAAGGAUAUUGCAACAGGCGCUGUUUCGGUGGGUGCUGUACUUGAGCUAUCGGACGGAGACGAAGAUACCCCAUAUGUGGAUUAUACAUCCCCGGGCAGCAUAGCAUGCUUGGGCACAGGAAUGUCGUAGCAGGAUCGACUCGUUUUGACCCGAGAAGUUGACUUUGGGAGUACGUUCAAGCACACGUAAUGGUAUUCCGCACGUGAAGA